AUGGCUGGGGGAGCUGCCAGUCAGGGCCUCUCUGCCAAGCGAGCAGAGCUCGCUGGCGGUAAAGUUGGAUGGCGCGGUCUUCUCAGCAGCAAAAAGACAUUUGGCAUUGCUCUUUUCGCGUCGCUGGGUGGAUUGGUCUAUGGAUAUAACCAGGGAAUGUUCGCUCAGAUCCUCACCAUGCGAUCUUUCAUCGAUGCGACUCAAGGAUAUGCCGAAAAACCCUCGACUGCACAAGGUAUGCUCACGGCGAUUCUCGAAUUGGGUGCGUGGCUGGGUACUCUGAUCAAUGGAUACCUUGCCGAUGCGGUCGGCAGACGGGUUACCGUCGUCAUCGCCGUGGUUAUCUUCUGUGUCGGUGUCAUUGUUCAAGCCUGCACGAUCAACCCCGACUAUGUCUACGCCGGUAGGUUCGUGACAGGUUUGGGUGUCGGUAACUUGAGUAUGAUCGUGCCGUUAUACAAUGCGGAAUUGGCUCCUCCCGAAAUCCGAGGCUCCUUGGUAGCGGUGCAGCAACUUGCAAUUACCUUCGGCAUCAUGACUAGCUUUUGGAUCGGCUAUGGCACAAACUACAUCGGAGGAACCGGCGAGGGUCAAUCGAUCGCGGCGUGGGAAAUCCCCGUCUGCAUCCAGAUUCUUCCUGCUCUUGUUCUUGCUGUUGGAAUGAUGAUGUUUAUGCCGCAGUCACCCCGACACUUGAUGAAUCAAGGAAGGGAAGAAGAAUGCCUAACCACAUUAGCCCGUCUGCGUGACGCUUCUGUUGACGAUAUCUCGGUGCGCAUCGAGUUCUUGGAGAUCAAGGCUCUGCGCAUGUUUGAGGUGGAAACUGCUGCGAAGAAAUAUCCUCAGUAUCAGGAUGGCUCCUUCAAGAGUCGGUUCAUGAUUGGCGUCAAGGACUAUGCCUCUUUGAUCACGGAUAAGUCGCUAUUCAAACGCACUUCUGUUGCAUGUUUGGUCAUGGUCUUCCAGCAGUGGAACGGGAUUAAUGCUAUCAACUACUAUGCUCCUCAGAUUUUCAAGGAGCUCCAGCUAGGAGGUAACACAACCUCUUUGUUGGCAACCGGAGUCGCGGGUAUCUUCGAAUUUGUCUUCACCAUCCCCGCCGUGCUUUGGGUCGAUAACAUCGGUCGGAAGAAAAUUCUGAUCGCCGGUGGUAUCGGAAUGGCCGUUUGCCAUUUCAUUGUUGCUGGCAUCAUCGGCUCAUACCAGGGCGACUUUGACAACCACAAGGCGGCAGGUUGGGUGGCUGUUGUGUUUGUGUGGAUUUUCAUCAUCAACUUUGCUUAUUCAUGGGGACCGGUCGCCUGGAUUGUCACAUCGGAAGUCUUUCCACUGAGCAUGCGGGCCAAGGGUGUUAGUAUUGGUGGCAGCAGCAACUGGCUCAACAACUUUGCUGUCGGUCUCUCCACGUCCCCUUUUAUCGAUGCCUCUAGCUAUGGAACCUUCAUCUUCUUCGGCUGCGUCACCACCAUCGGUGUUUUGUAUGUGUGGUUCCUUGUCCCCGAAACCAAAGGCCGCACAUUGGAAGAGAUGGAUGAAUUGUUUGGAUCGGGGGCUAUGGCCAUGGAAGACGAGGCCCUCAAGCGACGCAUUGAGCAUGAGAUUGGCUUGUUGGCCUUGCUGGGAGAAGAGCCCAGUGAGAAGAAGUCGGAUGGAAUCCUAUCUGCGGAUGAUGCGCUGGAGCAUAAAGAGAAGUUGUGA